AUGUUUGUCCAGCAGGGGAAGCAGGUGUGUUGCUAUGAUUGCCAUGAGUGUCCCCAAGGGAGGAUUUCAACCCAGAUGGAUGCAGAUCAAUGUGAGAUGUGCCCAGAAGAUCAGCAUCCAAACCAGAACAAGGACCAGUGCAUUCCCAAAGAAAUAAGCUACCUGUCAUAUGAGAAGCCCUUGGGGGUAGUUCUGACAUCCUUAGUUCUUUUCCUCUCUGUGACUACACUUGUUGUGAUGGGGACUUUCAUUCAGCACAAUAACACUCCCAUAGUCAAAGCCAACAAUUGGAGCAUCACGUGUGCCCUGCUCUCCUCCCUGCUGCUCUGCUUCCUCUGCUCCUUCCUCUUCAUUGGGAGGCCUGGGAGGGUGACCUGCCUUCUGAGGCAAACUGUGUUUGGCAUCAUCUUCUCCAUUGCUGUCUCCUGUGUGUUAGCAAAGACCAUCACAGUGGUGUUGGCCUUCAUGGCCACUAAGCCUGGAAACAGCAUGAGGAAAUGGGUGGGGAAGAGACUGGCAGUAUCAGUGAUAUUUUUAGGUUCUUUCAUUCAAGUUGUCAUCUGUGCAGCAUGGCUGGCAACUUCUCCCCCCUUCCCAGAAUUUGACAGGCAUUCCCAGGUUGAUACAAUCAUUAUGCAGUGCAAUGAAGGCUUGGACAUCAUGUUCUACCUUGUCCUGGGCUACAUGGGGGUUUUGGCCAUCAUCAGUUUCACAUUGGCCUUCCUUGCCAGGAAGUUGCCUGAUACCUUCAACGAAGCUAAGCUCAUCACCUUCAGCAUGUUAGUCUUCUGCAGUGUGUGGAUGUCCUUUGUGCCCACCUACCUGAGCACCAAGGGCAAAUACAUGGUGGCUGUGGAGGUCUUCUCCAUCCUGGCCUCUGGUGCUGGCUUAUUGGGGUGCAUUUUCUUCCCCAAAUUCUACAUUCUCAUGCUGAGGCCUGAUCUGAAUACCAGAGAGCAGUUAGUAAGGAAAAGGCAUGGGUUGAAUUGA